GUUUUUAAAGCCAGGGUUGAGCAACAUAGCGGCUAACGCUAACAAGGUGGAAUGUUCAUGCUAAACAUGUAGCCGAUGUAAGAAAAAACCCUCCCUAUACAAGCAAGAAAGGAACAUAUAAACGAAGUUAUCGACGUUUCUAGUAGUAGGAUACAAGUAGUGAAAGUGAAUGAAGAGAUGCAGGCGGGUGACCCUGUGAUUGGUGCAUCAAUGGGAGUUGCAGGUGGUCAGAGCCGGUCAGAGGAUGAAGAGUCACUCUGUGUAAAAGACAUUAAAAGGACAGCAACACAAGCUUUUGGAAGUGGUGUUCCCAAACGAAGAAGUUCAUCCAGGUCAAUAAAGAGGAAGAAAUUUGAUGAUGAGCUUGUGGAGAGCAGUCUGGUGAAGUCGUCCAGUAGAGUCAAAGGUCCUACCGUCAUAGAGCCGAUUCGCUAUUCGGGCAGUGAACCUUCAUCUGUUGAGAAGAAAAAGGUGUCAAAAUCAGGAGGCGCUCUCACCCCUCCCUUGACAAUGGUAUUAAACUCUGCACCCAUGCCUAAAAGAGUGAAGAAAAGCAAGCAGCCGAUGCAUAUCACUAAAGACUUGGGACGAUGGAAACCCACAGAUGAUUUACUGCUGAUUAAUGCUGUGUUACAGACUACUGAUCUAACUGCUGUUCAUCUCGGUGUCAAGUUCAGCUGCCGCUUCAGUUUGCGGGAGAUUAAAGAGAGGUGGUACGCUCUGCUGUAUGACCCCGUCAUCUCUAAGCUAGCAUGGCAGGCUAUGCGGCAGCUUCAUCCUGAAGCAAUUGCAGCAAUUCAGAGUAAAGCGCUCUUCAGUCAGGCUGAACAGACACUGCUGGCAAAGAUUGGUUCAGCCAGUCAGCCCAAACUGGACAUAUUCCAGGAGCUUCUAAGCAAACAUCCGAGUGUCUUUCACCCCUCUCGCACGCCUAAGAGCCUGAUGGUUCACUGGCAGCUGCUUAAGCAGUACUACCUGCUGGAUGAUCAGAGUGUACAGCCCCUCCCUAAAGGUGACCAAGUCCUCAACUUCUCUGAUGCUGAGCAGAUGGUUGAUGAUGCAAAGUUAAAGGAGAAUAGAGACGAGGUGCUGGAGCACGAGCUGAUGAUUUCAGAUCGCCACCAGAAGAAGGAGAUCAGACAGCUAGAGCAGGAGUUGCCUCGCUGGCAGGUUCUGGUGGACAAUAUCACGGGGAUGAGCAUGCCUGACUUUGACAAUCAGACACUGGCGGCAUUACGAGGAAGAAUGGUCCGCUACCUCAUGAGAUCAAGAGAGAUUACUUUGGGGAGAGCAACAAAAGACAAACAGAUUGAUGUAGAUUUGUCGCUAGAAGGGCCUGCCUGGAAAAUAUCCAGAAAACAAGGAGUAAUUAAGCUGAAGAAUAACGGAGAUUUCUUCAUCGCUAACGAGGGCCAGCGGCCCAUCUACAUCGAUGGCAGACCGGUCCUGUCGGGCAACAAGUGGAAGCUAAACAACAACUCAGUGGUGGAGAUCGCAGGUCUUCGUUUCGUGUUCCUAAUAAACCUGGACCUCAUCUCGCUGAUCAAAGCUGAAGCCGCUAAGAUGACGCAGCAGUGAGCGCUGGCGAUCCAGCUGGGGAACCGGCCGGCUGUGUAGAACCGCGACUACAGAACUGGACCUGAACAGCCUGUAGCUAAACCCUGGAGCCGAAUGGAAACAGAGUUGAUGUGGUUUAACAAUAAGUCCUUUCCUAUGUAGACACUGAUGCUAGAGCCACGUGUUUUCAGUUUUUCACAAAGUUGUAUUUAAUUUUCUCAUCAAGCCUUUUUAAAAUAAUAAACUUGUACUCAGAAAAUC